AUGUGCUCUCAGCACCAUGUGCUCUCAGCACCAUGUGCUCUCAGCACCAUGUGCUCUCAGCACCAUGUGCUCUCAGCACCAUGUGCUCUCAGCACCAUGUGCUCUCAGCACCAUGUGCUCUCAGCACCAUGUGCUCUCAGCACCAUGUGCUCUCAGCACCAUGUGACAUUGAUAUCGAUCCUCCCUGCCUGCUCUGCUCCCCUCUUGCCCCAUCAGAACCCUCUCAGUGGGCAAGAGCAUGAUGCAGCAGCAGCACCAUGUGCUCUCCAACACCAACAACCACCACAUUCCCCUCAUGCCUCCUGCUCACAACAAUCACCCUGCAUGCCUGCCCUCCCCCUCCCCGUCCCCAUCAGAACCCUCUCGGUCCUCAAGAGCAUGAUGGCGCAGUGCAUCAGCAUGUGCGGUCAGCACAACUUGAAUCCCUUCCACUCACAUCGAUCUCCCGUGCUUGCUCUCCCCCCACCUUGCUCCAUCAGAACCCUCUCGGUCCUCAAAAGCAUGAUGCAACAGCAGCAGCAUGUGCUCUCCAACACCAACAACCACCGCAUUCCGCUCUCACAGGCAGAUGUCGCCAGGUCAUCCCAUUUCUCCGUCGAGCUCUCCAUCCGCACAACACGCCAUGUUGACUGCAUUGACUGCAUUGACCGGUUUGACGAGCUUGAAUCCCCAUAUCCUGACCUCCCUUGCCCCUCCCAUUCCAGGUCCUCCCAUUUCUCAUUAGAGCUCUCCAUCCGCACAACACGCCACGUUGACCGCGUUGACCAGUUUGACCGGGAGCUGAGGGCAGCAUGGGAGCACCUGUGUGGACUCAUGGCUGAUGGGAUAAGGACAGGGGGAGAGACGGGUGGGCAUGGAGGAAGGGCAGUGGAAGGUGCCAUUCUUCGAGUUGCAUACUUCUGCCAUGGUGUGGGAUAUGCCAUGGUGUGGGAUAUGCCAUGGUGUGGGAUAUGCCAUGGUGUGGGAUAUGCCAUGGUGUGGGAUAUGCCAUGGUGUGGGAUAUGCCAUGGUGUGGGAUAUGCCAUGGUGUGGCAUAUGCCAUGGUGUGGCAUAUGCCAUGGUGUGGCAUAUGCCAUGGUGUGGGAUAUGCCAUGGUGUGGGAUAUGCCAUGGUGUGGCAUAUGCCAUGGUGUGGGAUAUGCCAUGGUGUGGGAUAUGCCAUGGUGUGGGAUAUGCCAUGGUGUGGGAUAUGCCAUGGUGUGGGAUAUGCCAUGGUGCGGCAUAUUCCAUGGUGCGGCAUAUGCCAUGGUGCGGCAUAUGCCAUGGUGCGGCAUAUGCCAUGGUGCGGCAUAUGCCAUGGUGCGGCAUAUGCCAUGGUGUGGGAUAUGCCAUGGUGCGCCAUAUGCCAUGGUGCGGCAUAUGCCAUGGUGCGGCAUAUGCCAUGGUGCGGCAUAUGCCAUGGUGUGGGAUAUGCCAUGGUGUGGCAUAUGCCAUGGUGUGGGAUAUGCCAUGGUGUGGCAUAUGCCAUGGUGUGGCAUAUGCCAUGGUGUGGCAUAUGCCAUGGUGUGGCAUAUGCCAUGGUGUGGCAUAUGCCAUGGUGCGAUACUCCACUCUCCUAGGCCUUUUCCAGCAGUGCUGA